CCUCUCCCAACCUGGGCACCUCCUGUCCUGACCCCCUCUCUGUUCUCCCUGAGGAAAUAAGAGUGUUCAUGGAGAGAGGACCAGCCACUAUCUCUGCUGAAGACCAUAGGGUACCAUGCCAUUGCCAAACUACGCUCCAAGCAGUAACGAAAGCAUGCCUGUACCAAAGAAAGCAGGAAGAAAAUCCCAGGCCGCUCCUGCAGAGGCGCCGCCGGUGUACGAGCCCAAUAUUCAUGAUCCCACCACCAGGGCUGACCACAUGAAAUACUGGAUCCCCCUCUCCCUGGAUGACAAAACGGCCCAGAAGCUGCUGUGGAUAUCCGAGAGCAACCUCAAGGUGUCGCGUAUGUCAGAGGAGGUGUGUCCAUACCCCAUGAGACCGGAGAGAUUUGAGCAUUCACCACAGGUGCUGUGUAAGGAAGGGCUGUUGGGGCAGAGAGGGUACUGGGAGGUGGACUAUGACGGCUGGGUGGUGAUUGGGGCAGUGUACGAGAGCAUGGGCCGGAAGGACGGGCCAUGUGGGCUGGGGGAGAAUGAGAGCUCAUGGGGUGCGGGCUGGGCUGGCUCCUGCUACCACGUCUGGCACAAUGGUGAGAAUGUGGAGGUCGAGCUCCCUUUGUGCAACACCAUGAGCAUAUACCUGGACCAGCCCGCUGGCAUCAUCAAGUUCUUCAUUGUGGAAGGAGAAGGGGAGGCGGAGAAGGAGGUGCGACUGAUACACAAGUUCAAAACUAACCUCAAAGAGAAGAUUCUGCCUUGUUUCUGGGUUGGCAGUAAAUCCUUCUGUUGGAUCCGGAAGAAAGAGGGACAGUAACAGGAAGGGUGUAGGAAAGGAGAGAUGGAGAGAUUGAGAGGGGGAUGGAAUAACAGGUCAGGGAAGGAGUAAGAGAGGGAGGUACAGUGGGGAAAAAAAUGUAUUUAGUCAGCCACCAAUUGUGCAAGUUCUCCCACUUAAA